AGGUUCCAAGCAUGUCGUUCCUGGAUAAGAUACUGGAGUCUAGCGAUGUGGACGAAAAGGCAGUGAGUGACAUGCAGCAGAGCUUGCAAAGUGACCUCUUUACCAGCCAGCCGGAUAUGACCUCUGGGAACAUGCAGUCCUACAUCCCUCCGCCACCCCCAAGAAGUAACUACGAUCCUAGUAUCAAGCCUGAACCUAGCUCCUUCAACAUACACAGGACUGAGAACCAGAUGCCGAAACCUGAUCAACAGAUACCGACUAUCACCUCCUUUAACUCUAUAAAACAGGAACCUGCUCCAGGCUUCCACGUGCUCCCCACCACUGUUAUAAAGUCCGAACCUCCAGGCCAGAUGUUAACAAUGUUACAACCCAUGCAGCAGCACGGUCCAGGAACACCGCCCUUAGUUCAGUCGGCCAACACCCACCAACAACCUAUCGGAGUGCCAGUAGCAACCAACCAACAACCUCAACAAGCCAUAUUAACGUCAGUCCAACAGCUACACUCUCAACAAACUACCUACACGUCAUCCAUUAAUACCGGAGCGAUAUCAAGUGCUAGCAUAGUUCCCACUGCUGUUAUUACUCCACAACGAGUCAACGCUCCAAUGGGACCGCAGGUAAUAGCGGUAAGCUCCUCAGUAAUGGUACCCAUGUUACAGGUAAUAGCAGUAAGCUCCUCAGUAAUGGUACCCAUGACUGGAGGACCCUUUGCAGUGUACACCGCUGCCUCUUCUCAAUCUCCACAAACUAUCAUGGUCUCCGCUACACCUCACUCCUCCGUCCCCCAGCUUGUAGCUGGAGUACGGCCGAGUAUGAUAACCCAACCUAUAAGAUCUAUCCAGAGUAAACCUAUGGUGGUUCCUAUUCAGCCUCUUGUUCAGGUAAAAAGUCAGCCGAUAUCACUUCAGAAUCAACCUAUUCCAAUACAGCCAGCAAUCAGGCCCCAACAACAGCAGCAGCAGCAGCAGCCUCAACAACCUAAAUCAGAGCAGAAGACAGCAGCCAUCCUCUCCAGCAUGAGUACCCGGGAGAGUGUGCAGAAGCUCAAGGCUUUCCUUACCAACCUCCUUAACAUUUCCAACAAACAGGACGCCUCUACUGGACAAACCGUUAAGGAUCUGAUAGGAAAAGUGAUGACAGCGAAUAUAGACGAGGAAACGUUUCUGAAUGAACUCCAAGUUGCCCUCAAGUCACCUCCUCAGCCUCACCUUUUAGUGUUUCUCAAACAGAGUGUUCCUGUCUUGAGAAACGAGAUGCAGUCCCGGCAGAGAAGUAUGCAGAGUAUGCAGGGAAAACAGCCGCCUCCCCAAACCGGAGGAGUGUCUUCCCACACUCCAUUUCCGGGUCUUGCUCCGGUCCAGACCUCUAAACUUAUACCACUCUCUGCUCCCCUGCCUGCCAACUCUAUUGGACAUCAGUUCGGUAGUGCAGUAGGAGGAGGAUCACACUAUCACCCCGCUCCAACAUUCUCCGUUCCACAGCGAACUUUCGCAGACAAGUACAAAAAGAAGUAUACUUUAUCUAAGGAUGAUAAUGAGAUCAACGAUGUAGCUUCAAUGGCAGGAGUUAACCUGACUGAAGAAGCCGCUAAGAUCAGUACACAAGAUCAAGUGUCACAGGAGCAAAGGAGCACUGCUGACGUCACCAUGGUUACCACUGAAUCAAUCGGCAACAAAAUAUCCCGCAUUUGUGACAGACACGGAGUAAGUUCCUGUUCCCCCGAUGUUAAACAGAUGCUGUCUCACGCGCUGGAGGCUAGAAUGAAGGACCUGAUGGAGAGACUGGUGUCCAUUAACCACCACAGACUGGAUCUCAGGAAACAGGACGACCAGGUGAUAACGAUAAAUGAUGUAAAGUCGCAGUUAAAAGUGUUGCAACAGAUCCAGCUAGAAGAGACGAAAAGAAGAACAGAAAGAGAGAGAGCCCAGCUGCUUAAAGAGGCCAAGUCGAGGAGCAAGCAAACCAACUCCGAGGCGAAGGCGAAAGCUAAACAGGUGGCACUAGAAGAAGAACAACUGAUCAGACAGCGUGAAGCUAACGAGACAGCCCUAGCAGCUAUCGGGGCCAGGAAGCGCCCUAAAUCAGAGUUAGCGGACAACAUGAACACCUCCGCUCCUACUAACCCCAGAUUCAGAAGUCACAGGAUUAAUAUGAGGGAUGUGGUGUUUCUUUGUGAGAAUGAUACUUUUCUGAAACAGAGCAAGUUGCUGUUUAAACUCCAUGUAAAGUGAGGGCUGUAUGGAAUUAGGUGUGAAUAUGAGACGCUGAAAUCUACGAAGUUUUGGAGAGAUUAAAGGUACAAGAAAAUGUUUCAGGGAGCUACGGAGCGUUAUUGACUGUGAUUUGGACCUACGGUUAAGAUUGUGAAAAUCACUCAAUAGUUGUUGAUUUCGAGUUUUAUAUAUCAGAGAUAUAUCAGCUUCAUGUCUGUAUUAAGGGAGCUGAAGACUUCUUUACCGCUUGCCAUUUCUGCUCCAACCGGAGGAAACGGGCGUAAAUUUGGGUAGUUAAAGUUUUCAAGCUUAUUUAUGAUUAACAAUAGAUCUGGAUCCUGGUGAACCAUAUUUUUUCUGACACGUGACAUCGAUAAACCCAUAAGCUUCCAGCAUUGACCAAUGAAAAAUCGAAUCACUGUCAUCAUUAAAAAUAUUACUAUUCACUUCCCGACCAGCAUCCAGACCUGUCUUUAUUGAAAUCUUCUAAGAUCGUUUUUUAAAGCGCUAAUAUAUAAAUUUACAUUAUUCGAAUUCUGCCGCUUACUAUUUUGCUAUAUAUGUAAUGAUUCCAUGCCCCAUAACGUGACCCAUAACGUGACCCAUACGUCUAGAGUCUAGACUGGUAGGCUGCUGUCAACUCAGGAAUCUGUUUAUUAUUACUCCUGGUAUUGAAAGAUAAUGUUUAUUAGUAUCCUCACAACCCUUCAUCGCACGGUUAUACUCAGACAAUCUUGCUAUGUUGGUUAGUUGUUGAAGAGAUAAGCGCAAUCUCAUAUCAUUUAAAUAAAGGUAGACGCUGUGUAACUAUGCGGUCAAGAUAACAGGCUUACAUCCCUCCAUUAUCCGUGUAUUAAGAGAUAAGAGCACCCCUCAGGUCUCGGCUUGUACCAAUGAGGCGGUGCCGAGUGUGUCACGUGGGCGCUGUGUGUGUCACGUGGGCGCUGUGUGUGUCACGUGAUGUGUGUCACGUGAUGCGCCUCGACUGUCGGCCAAUCAGAAUGCAGCAGCAGUGACCAGGAGUGAGGGCAACCAAUCAGAAUGCAGCAGAUAACAGAAUAGUGUUCCGGCACACUUGUUGUUUCUGGUACACUUGUAUCUCUGCCGAAGAAGCUGAAUUAGUUGUCUUGUGGUAUUUAUUAAGGGUUUAUUUAAGUAUUUACUCUUUAUUAAGGGUAUAUUUACUAUUAAAUUGUUUUGGUCCCUAACCAGUCGAGUGCAUCCCUGUACAACAAGGAGUUUUGGGGUUUUGGGGUCAUUGGUUUAUUUUAAGGUUAAUUAAUUGUGUUCUUUUGAACGCUUCCUUAUAUUUAGUUAUCACAUGUAAUACACUGUAUAAAUUUUACAAUUUCCCACC